UUUUAGUUUGUAACAACCUUGAAAGCAAACCCAUGCUGAAUGGCAAAUGAAAUCCAAAACUCGAUUUAAUCCACUUCUUUGAAGUACAACUUUUAAUUUGUGGUUUCUGCCCACUGGGCAAGUGCAACUUGUAAAGCCACUUCUAUUUUUGAGUGCGUGAGCUAAUCCAAAUCUCCGUUAAUUAAUCGCAGAGACAAGACAAUUGCAAAGGAACUUUAAAACAAUAUUAAAAGUGAAACGAGAUCAAAUUCAAACAAAGCAAAAGCUUAGAAAACUGAAUUACCGCGACGCGAAGUGAAAAAUUUGUAACUAAGUAAUCCAUCAUGGCCUGGGGCUAUUGGUCCGCCACGACUGUGGAUCGUGGACGAUCGCCGCGCCGUUUGACGCAAUGUGCCCCACUUCCGGUCAAUAUUGCGCAGCCGGAGGAUGAGGAGGAGCAGCAGCCCUGCCUGCCGCAGCAGCAGCAGCAACAGCAGCACCAGCAGCAGCAGCAUCAACAGCAAUCACAGCAGCAACAGCAAUCGCAAACGUGCCCCAGCACACCAUCGGCCAAUCAGCAGGGCAGUGGCAAUCUCUGCUACAGCCCCACCUGUCGAUCCCGCUGCUCGAGUCCUUGUCCAGGAUCUCCCUGCGGUUCCAUCACACCGCCACCGCCGCCGCUGCUCACGUCAUCGCAGCAGCACCUGCACUCCAAUAAAAAUUGCCCAGCUGCCCAGCAGCUGAUGACACAUUUGGAUUAUGCGGCACGGAGACAAUCGCUCGAUCAGCUGGAUAGUCCGCAGUCCAAGUACUUUGACAUUCAGGCCAACCAGCUGUCGGACAUCAUGUGCCGCGGUGCGGUGGUCAGUUCCAUUCAGUCGGCGAACAACACGCUGACCCGUGGCGUUUCGAUGCACAGCCGGAGUGGCAGUGCCCAUGGCAGUCACCAUGGCAGCCAUCACAGUCACAGUCAUCAUGGCAGUGCCCACGGAUCGCUGGGCUGCCUCCAAGGUGGCGUUGGAGUGGGCGUGGGCGUGGGCACAGGCAGUACGGGCAGCAUUGGCAUGAUGUCGGCGGGUCACAUCGAUACGGGCGACUAUGAUGUGCCGCAUCCGCAUCCCUAUACGCAUCACUAUAUGCAGACGACGGCCUCGGUGACGCCACCGCACACGAGCCUCAGUCGUCCGGGAUCGGCGGGUGCCGUGUGCCAGGGCCACGACUCCGGAUCGGAUUCCAGUCAGGGCUGCGGCGGCUCCAUCAUGGGCGGCAUGCUGGUCAUGGGCCAUCCGGGGCACAUGGGCAGCCUGGGACACCACAGCGCCGGCAGUGGAUCGCUGGGCAGGUGCUCCAGCAGGUGUCACAAUACGAACACCACGACGACGGACGAUUCGGGCGGUGGCAGCAGCGGAGGAGGAGGAGUCGGAGCACCGGGCACCAUGGUGGCCGUGGGCAUGCCGGGCAUGCUGAUGGACUACCAUCACAGUCACCACAGUGGCAGUGCCGGGAGUGGCCUGAACGGAUGCGGCGGUGGCAGCAUUGCUGGCGGAAGCAUCGGUGGCAGGAGCAGUGUCCUGGGCACCAUUCACAACGGGCACGGGCAUCACCAUCAGCAGUAUCACCACGAGUGCAUCCACUACGAGCGGCUGCCUAUUCCCGUGCCCAUACCCACUGUGCCCAUGGGCGUGGCACCGCCCUCGCAGCAGAUGUCGCAGCAUCAGCUGCAAUCGGAGGAGGAAAUCGAACCGGCCUAUGCGACAGUAUUCCCCAAUGUUCCUCAAGCGCCGGGAUUGUCCUGCGAUGGCGAAGAUCGCAGCAUCUAUCGACGCGGUGCUCGACGCUGGCGCAAAUUGUAUCGCGUCAAUGGACACAUCUUCCAGGCCAAGCGUUUCAACCGGCGUGCUUUCUGUGCCUACUGCCAGGAUCGAAUCUGGGGCUUGGGCCGUCAGGGUUUCAAGUGCAUCCAGUGCAAGCUGCUGGUGCACAAGAAGUGCCAUAAGCUGGUGCAGAAGCACUGCACCGACCAGCCGGAGCCGCUGGUCAAGGAGCGGGCGGAGGAGUCCAGCGAUCCGAUGCCGGUGCCGCUGCCGCCGCUGCCCUAUGAGGCGAUGGGCGGCGGUGCCGAUGCCUGCGAGUCGCACGACCAUGCCCACAUUGUGGCGCCACCGCCGCCGGAGGACCCACUGGAGCCGGGCACCCAGCGCCAGUACUCGCUGAACGACUUCGAGUUGAUACGCGUCAUCGGACGCGGCAGCUAUGCCAAGGUGCUGAUGGUGGAGCUGCGACGCACUCGGCGCAUCUAUGCCAUGAAGGUGAUCAAGAAGGCGCUGGUCACCGACGACGAGGACAUCGACUGGGUGCAGACGGAGAAGCAUGUGUUCGAGACGGCCUCGAACCAUCCGUUCCUGGUGGGGCUGCACUCGUGCUUCCAGACGCCCUCGCGGCUCUUCUUCGUCAUCGAGUUUGUGCGCGGCGGCGAUCUGAUGUACCACAUGCAGCGGCAGCGGCGACUGCCCGAGGAGCAUGCCCGCUUCUAUGCGGCCGAGAUUAGUUUGGCGCUGAACUUCCUGCACGAGAAGGGCAUCAUCUAUCGCGAUCUGAAGCUGGACAACGUUUUGCUGGACCACGAGGGCCACAUCAAGCUCACGGACUACGGCAUGUGCAAGGAGGGCAUUCGUUCGGGCGACACCACAUCCACAUUCUGCGGCACACCCAACUACAUUGCCCCGGAGAUCCUUAGGGGCGAGGACUAUGGCUUCUCCGUGGAUUGGUGGGCUUUGGGUGUCCUGCUCUACGAGAUGUUGGCUGGCCGCAGUCCAUUUGAUCUGGCAGGUGCCUCCGAGAAUCCCGAUCAGAACACUGAGGACUAUCUGUUCCAAGUGAUCCUGGAGAAGACCAUUCGUAUACCCCGCUCGCUGAGCGUUCGGGCCGCCUCUGUGUUGAAAGGUUUCCUCAAUAAGAAUCCCGCUGACCGUUUGGGCUGCCAUCGGGAGUCCGCCUUCAUGGACAUCGUCAGCCAUCCGUUCUUCAAGAACAUGGAUUGGGAAUUGCUUGAGCGCAAACAGGUCACGCCACCAUUCAAGCCACGCUUAGACUCAGAUCGCGACCUGGCCAAUUUCCCGCCCGAGUUCACCGGCGAGGCCGUGCAGUUGACCCCGGAUGAUGAUCAUGUCAUUGAUAAUAUCGAUCAAUCGGAGUUCGAGGGCUUUGAGUAUGUGAACCCCUUGCUGAUGUCACUGGAGGAUUGCGUCUGACACCACGAAAUGUGCGACUUACAUCCGUAUAACAUGCGGCUCUACGGCGAGGAUUCCAGUGAUUACGAUUCCGUGGCUGAUGACUUGAGUCUCCUGCAUUUGAACAGCGCUGCGGGAGCUGGCGGAUCAGUCGGCAGCAAUAACAAUCCCAGCCAGCAGCAACAUUAUCGCCAGCAACAGCAGCAAUAUCUACCCCAUUCAGCAUACUCACAACAGCAACAGCAGCAACAUCAGCAGCUGCAGCAACUUCAGCAGCAGCAGCAGCAACAUCAGCAGCAGCAGCAACAACAACUUCAUCAUAAUGGUAACAAUAACAUUCAUAAUAAUCAAAUGCAAGCAAAUAAUAAUAAAAGUCUACUGCAGCACAUGUUUUGCCUUCCAUUGAACUAAUUAAAAUAACGAAUUAGAUAAAACAACAAACAACAAUGAGCCACACAGCAACAACAAGUAGCAGAGCAACAAAAAGAAAAUUAAUAUGAUUCCCGAAAAAAAAAACAAAAAAAGAAAAAGAAAAAAAUUUCAUAGCUAUACAAGUUAUAUAAUCCUCUCUCUCAACAACAGACACAACUUUCAUAAGCAAAGUAUAUUUAUUAUAUAAAAACUGUCACAAGUUGCAAGUAUUACACUAAACGACAUAGAGCAAAACGAUUACUUUACUAUUUAAGCACCUAGGCAGCCAGGCAAACUUUAUGCAAGCAAAGGAAAAACCAUUUCAUAACUCAAUGCAAGACUUUUCACCACGAAACUUAGGGACAAUGGUCCCGCAAGAAUGCAACAAGAACUUUUUAAGCUAACAAUACGUGCAUCAAAUAUGAAUAUAUAAUUUUUAAAGGUUUAACACUAACAAAGGACAUUUCAAAUUUAAUUUAACUAGCCAGGAAAUGCGAGGAGAACGAUGAGGAGUAUAUAUUUCAAAUGAAUCAAUCUAUAAUAUCUAAGCAUAUAUAAACUCUAAUGUAAAAUGUGUGUGUGUUAGUUAUAGAAAGCAGAGCAUGGUUUUUAAAAGCGACAGCAAAAGAUCGACAUAUGUAUGAGCAGCAAUAGUUAAUGAAAACAAAAUACCACAAAUUGUAAUUUCGUAAUUCUAAUUUUUACACAGCAAGUAUGAUUAACCAAAUUCGGGAGAAAAUUCUCUUAAAAUGCGAACAAAAACAUAUUUAUUUAUUGUAUUCAUUUCUUUUAAUUUAUUUAUAAAAAACACAAGCAAACACAAUCCGUCUACUGGCAAUAUAUCUUUGUUAAGUAUUAAAGAAACUUUUGUUUUUUAAUGCAUUCCACUGUACUUACAAUAACAAAAAUAUAUAUUUUUGUUAGUUUAUGGAGGCACAUAUAAUGCCAUCGAAGAGGUAAAUCAUAUUUACAUAUUUUUAGUGAUGCAACUUUUGUCGAACAGCAAAUCAAAAUUCAAAUUCAAAUUUUGAUUUACUCUUUUUAUGCGUAUUCUGCGUACAUUUUUAGCCUAAUAUUUAAAUAUAUAAAUAUAUACACAUGCAACUUAAAUACAAAAUUGUAUAUUAUGUUUUUGUAACCCAAACAAAACAAAUAUUGUGAAAUUAAUUAAAAUUAGUAUAUAUCAAAAAUAUCAUUGUGUUGCAAAGGUAAAUAAAUUAUUGUGUUUUUAAUUGAAACUAAAAAUAAAUUUCAACAAAAAUGUUACUUGUUAAUGUAUGAAAAGCAAAUAAAAGACAACAAAUUAAGCGCAUAUUGUUAAAUUUCCAAAUACAACGCAAUCUAAAGAAAGUAAUAUUGAUCAAACCGAGUUUUUGAUUCAACCAAAUAGUAAGCAAUCAAUUUAAAUGCAAAACAAACCAGACAAACACUAAAUCAAUUUCAAGUUGCACUUAAAGGUUACCGAGUUGUUUAGAAAACGCACUUAUUCUUUACCCUAUCCCCCCAUAAAUUCUGUUGUGUUUGAUAACCAAGUUCUAUGCGUAAGUUUAAUUAGUAUAUAAUGUUUUUAAAUUGAGCGUAUGUAUACAUUAAUUUGUAUUUUCUUCAACUGAUGUUUCCGACUAAUUUUUUUUAAAAACUGAAUGCACUUUUGGCAUACAUUACCAAAUGCUAGCAAAAUGUCAAAAUGAAAUUGAAAACGUAAACGAUGGUUGCGUUACAAUUAUGCAUAUAAACAAAAACGAAUAAAGUAUUGUAUAAGAGAAAA